AAUAAUAAAUACGUUACAUACUGAGUUAUCACGAUAAGAAAAAAAAAAAUCGACCGGCAAGACUUUGUCCCAUGCACACACAGUAUCACGCUCGCUCACUUUUUCCAAUUCAUUGACUCUUUCCACAUUGGGAAAGCGGAGCCGUGACUCGACCUUACGAUUGAACGCGCCAGUCGUGCGAUCGCUGUGUAGUGGAUGGUGUCGUGCCGCAGUUACAAUGCAAAUUUAACACCUCGAUUUAAUGUUAAAUAGAACUAACUGUAUAGACGAAAAGCUCGCGUCCAGCUAAACAUGAUUGAUGAUGUUAGAAUUGUGACUUACCGCUCGAUUACGAGUACCUUGCAACGUUCUAUCUUCCAAGUUUGGCUUCAGUCCUGCGGCUAGACAAUGUUACCAGUCGGAUGUAGCGAAUCGGUGAUCAUAACCAGAUAACGCAGACGAUACGCGAAGCUUUCCUUCGAGGUAUAACUCAGCAACAUUUGUGUUGUGUAUCCCUUAGCUAUUAAACCCAACAAUGGAAAGGCAUAGUCCAAGGGACAUUUUCUCGACACUUGUGACUACCGUUAUAACCUGCGUAUUGCUAUGGUGCAGUUUAAAUAUGGGCGCAGGUGCCCACUACGUUUGUGUCGAAAAUUGCGUUUGGGAGCCAAUCUCGAUAAACUCCACUACCCUCUCUGUGACGUGCAAUUUAACAACGUUACAGGGAAAACCGAAUCCAAUAAACUAUUCACUAAUCAUGCCGGGUUACAAUGUGCGCUUAUCUAUUCGUUGUACGGAUGCCAGCGUGCAGAUAUCUCAUACGAAUAGUUUGCUUGAAGGCUCAUUCAAACACCUACGCAAUUUACAGUCGCUCAGCAUAGAAAAUUGCCAUCUCGACAGACUGCCGCUUAAGACAUUUCAAGGGCUCGAGGGUCUCAAAAACCUCACUGUAAAAACGCUCAACACCGAACGAAGCCAUUUGUCGCUUUCGGUAUCACCAAAAACUCUUCUACCGCUUAGACAGCUUAUAUCGCUUGACUUUAGUGAGAACAAUAUUGAGUGGCUCCCGAAUAAAUUUCUAUGUGGGCUUAACCAUCUUCGGUUCGUCAAUUUGACAGGAAAUAAAUUUGCAGACGUGUCAAAUAUGGGUCUUUCCUCUGUGACAAGUUGCAGCCUUAUGGUCACUAGAUUAGACGUUGGCUUCAAUCAGCUAAAGGCGCUACCCGAACGUGGCUUCGCGUCCCUUACUCGCCUAGAAGAACUACGUCUGGAUCAUAAUCAACUAGCCAGAGCAGAACCGACCGCUUUGAGGGGUCUUGCCCAACUUUUACAUCUUGAUAUGGCCCACAAUGUGCUGGUAGCCCUUCCAGCGGCUCUCUUCCGACCGACGCCACGCCUACUAGAGCUAUAUCUACGAAACAACUCAUUAAGUGCAUUGUCACCAGCUUUGUUAAGUGAGUUAAAGGAAUUGAGCAUACUGGACCUGGCGUACAAUCAACUGUCAUCGAUGAGUUGGCUUGGAAAUCCUGACGGUUCUUCAAACCUGACACGACUCAGGGAGCUGGACCUUAGCCACAACCGGCUGAUAAGCCUUAAGUCUGGUGUAUUCCACGCGUUGGAAAGUCUACAGAUACUUCAACUGCAGAAUAACCUGAUUGAGCACGUUGCCAACGGCACGUUUCAGGGUCUUAGCAUGUUACAGUCGCUGGUACUAAGCAAUAAUCGCCUUCAACACAUUGGCUUUCGUAUGAUGUUUGGCCUCGGUUUGUCGCUUACUGCACUUCACCUGGACGGGAAUUACGUGGAAAGCAUUUAUGACGAUGCGUUUCAGGACAUGUCGAUGCUUCAGGAGUUAAGCCUGGCAGGAAACAGGUUGAUUGUUGUUCCCCAAGCUGUGUCAGUGUUAAACAUGUUAAAUUCGCUCAAUUUAUCGGAUAACAAUAUUCAGGAUAUAACAAAUGCCCCAUACCAAGGUCUUACGAGAUUGUUUGCUUUGGAUUUCGUAGGAAACAACAUCCGGAGCAUUAGAAAGGGUGCUUUUAAUAAUUUGCCAUCUGUACGAAUUCUCUAUUUGGCCCGUAACAACAUUCAAGCUAUUGAAAAAGGGGCUUUUGAUAAUCUACCUAAUUUAUAUUUUCUUCGUUUAGACUCAAACAUUAUUCAUGAUGUAAGCAGCCUAUUUACUAGCCUUCAUGACUUAAUCAUGCUCAAUAUUUCGGUGAACCGCAUCCGAUGGUUUGACUAUGCAAUGGUUCCAGCAGGUCUUCAAUGGCUCGAUAUUCAUAACAAUCAAAUUGAAGCUCUUGGCAACUACUACGGUUUAGAGCAUGUGUUGAAACUACGUACCAUCGAUGCGUCGUUCAACAGACUUACUUUCCUUAACUCAUCGUCAUUACCAAACAGCAUUGAAAACGUCUUCCUGACACACAACCAUCUACAACGUAUUCAGCCAUUCACGUUUCUGGAGAAACCAAAUCUGGCUCGUGUCGAUUUAACGCACAAUCAGCUACAGGUGCUCAGCAUGAGCACCCUUUGUUUAAGCGCGUCACCCAGCCGUCAGCCGUUUCCUGAGUUCAAAAUAGCGAAUAAUCCAUACUUGUGCGACUGUCGCAUGGAAUGGUUACAGGGACUGCAAAACUUUUCGACGCAAAUCAUCACUUCGAUGCAUAGUGCUUAUCCAAGACUAUAUCCUCGUAUCGAUGAUCUAUCGAGCGUCAUGUGUAAGCUUGGCUUCUCGAAACGAACUCGGAUACUACCUUUAGUCAAAGCGAAGUCGGCCGAGUUUCUCUGUGAAAUCAAGAGCCACUGUUUUUCAGUAUGCGAUUGUUGUGAAUUUGAGGCCUGCGACUGUCGGAUGGUCUGCCCGGACAACUGCAGCUGUUUCCAUGACCAAUCGUGGCAAACCAAUAUCGUUGAUUGUGGCGGCCGCAAUCAGGGUGUCAUACCAAAAGAGCUACCAAUUGAAGUUAGUGAAUUGUAUAUAGAUGGCAAUCAAAUUCCCACUCUUUAUCCGCAUUUAUUCGUAAAUAUGGGAAGUCUGAAGGUUCUUUUUCUAAACAAUUCAAAUAUAGUGUCGAUUAAGAAUCAGUCUUUUGCCAGCCUUCGGCAACUGCGUGUACUCCAUCUGGAAGACAACCAGAUUUCAGUAUUUAGCGGGCAUGAGUUCAAUGGACUAACGAAACUUGUUGAAUUAUACCUAUCAAACAAUAGGCUUCAUUACAUCGAUAACAGUACGUUUGCAGAACUUCAAAGUCUCGAGGUUUUACGUUUGGACCGCAAUCGAUUAAUUGAUAUGUCUCUUUGGAGCUUGCACUGUAAUCCACGCCUUACCGAGAUCUAUCUCGCGGCUAAUCCUUGGUCAUGCAACUGCUAUUUCACUGAAGAACUUGCUCAAUUUAUCGUGUCUCACAAGAACACGGCCUGUGACCUCUUCCAGAUGACGUGUGUGUACAAUGCAACAAGAACGUUACCUCUGUGGGAACCGAAUAUGAUCGACUGUCAUCGACUUCCAAAUGUGACGAUUCCACAAUUUCAGCCACAAUUUCAGAUUCGACGCAUAGAAGACUUUCUGUCCGUUGCCUUCAUAAUAGGAGGCGUUGUUUUGUUCGCUUUAUUCAUCAUCGCCAUCGUACUGACCCCUUCUCGUCGCCGGAUUAGUGUGUGUCUAUUCAGCCGCUACGGGGUACGUAUGUUCCACCGGGCCUCCGCCGAGGGAGAUAAGCUAUUUGACGCGUUUGUGUCGUAUAGUAAAAAAGACGAGGCAUUUGUAACUCAGGUACUGGCUCCAGAGCUGGAAUGUGGCAGGCCGCCGUACCGCCUCUGUUUGCAUUACCGCGAUUUGUCACAUACGGGCACGUACCUACAAGAGGCUAUUCGGGAAGCAGUGGACAGCUCCCGGGGAACCAUUGUCGUCUUAUCGGAACACUUUCUCAAGAACGGGUCUUGCCGCCACGAGUUUAAGUCUGCCCACCUCGAAGUACUUAACAAUAGUCAUCACAAAUUGGUCGUGAUAUUCCUCGGCCGGGUUUCCUACCGUGAGCUAGAUCCAGAUAUUCGUGCAUGGCUUAAACAUAGCACGUUUCUGCACUGGGGCGAGAAGGAUUUCUGGAACAAGCUGCGCUACGCAAUGCCAGACGUGCGACACCGAAACAAAGCCAUAAGGUCAGACCUCAACUUGGUCGCCGCAUAUAUUUGACAAGAGAGGUAGUAACAGUUGCUGGACUAUUCUUUCAUUUCAGGCAGUACACAAAAGGUAUUUAGCUGUGCACUAGGUUUGUCAGCAGUGCAGAGCAGCAGCUCGUCAACUUAAGGCCGUCACGGUCGGAAUGACUGAGUUUGGAUCAAAUGGCUUACAAAGAUCGAACACAUUGGCCUGAAUAUAAGUAGCGAUUCGUAAAGUUUAUCAAGAGAGUCUAGCUAAGUUCAAAAACAAACGGUUCAAUUUGGUGGACCCUUACGACCGGCAUUGUUGACCACUGUAAAUACAUCCGCCAAUAUAAACAAGCCGAUAUACAACGACAGCGAUCAGAAUGAAGAAAAUCUUUCAUUAUUACUUGGGCCUUCCGAACGCAUGUAGAGAGACAAGGCUUUUUUUAAGGACAGGAUAUUCAUUAAUUGCUGUAGAAAUCAAUAUUAUUGUGUACGAUAAAAAUUAAGCUAAACAAGUUCCCAGAAGUGAUCGGUAUGUGUACAACGCUUGUCACAUAAGUUCUACGGACAUGCGAAAUGGUCUACUGUAGCAUUCGAGUUUUUGUCCUAAUUAUUACUUUUGGCUUAUAAUAACCAGAUAUAUAUAGAUAUACACAUUUCAUGUCCUUUGUCCGUUGACACAACGGAUCAUUCGAAAAGAGCAGGUACAACGUCGAAGACAGACGAAGACACAAUUAGUUAUGGACUCGGCAACGAUGGCCAAUCAUAACGGAUCUCUGUGAUAUUUCCAGUGCCAUGUGAUCUUUCACCAGAAUAUAAAAGAGACAUUCGCUUGCACAUGAAUACAAAGUUUGUAUUAUCUUGAAGUACCGUUUCAAUGGGCUGCCCCUUCUGGAGACAGUUAUUACUCACCGGAAGUGGAGAAAGAUUAGCGUGAAGUUUCACAAGUUCUUGAGGAACGUACGGUUAUACAAAUAACAGAUCAUCGUUUACCGCAUACGUUACUACCGUGCUAACGUUUUUUCAUACCAGAAUCUAAUUGUGAAUAUUUCCCGCAACCGGCAAAAACGUAAAUUUCGUUGUAUUUAUAAUAUCACAAAGCUGCUGUUCGUCCAUUGUUAACAAGGCAUCUUUUACUUGUAACAAUGCGACAUGCUCGUUAGUCUUCCAUCGUAACCUUCGGAUAGAUGUCGCUAAUAAGCAAUUAGUUGAGACAGAAUAAUUAAGCCUUAAAACAUACAAAUAAACUAUUCAAUCCACACGCUAUAAUAGUUUUAACAUGUGACCUUCUCCGAGGCAUUCUUUCCCAUGUUAAGGUGUUUUUUGUAUCAUCUGAAAAUUUGUCAGGCUUAGUGAAGGUUAUUUUUCGUUAGCUAAGCGGCUGGAGACACCGUAAAAAUAUACGUGUUUUUGUGCGUUGCGGCUUAUCAGUUCCAGCAUACAUUUUUUUUUUAUGAAAAACGUACGUUUUUUUAUUUACGCAAAGACUGUAAACCAGUCAACCACUGAAUAAUCAGACCUCUAUUUGCAGUGCCGUGGAAAAACGCCAACUUCUAUGAACUGCAUAAUGGUAGUAAUGUAAUAUAUGUAAAACCAACUAGACGAGAUGUACAAAAACGUGUAAAUGAUAUAUGUAAAUGAGUAUAAAAAAGUGGUGGUAUAAAAAUAAAAAAGAAUUGUCUUUUCGGUAGCAGAGUGCGCCAUUUCAAAUUAUUUUCCUUUUCAUUAUUCAGUGAAAUUAUCUUACGAUUUACAUGAUAAAAUGGGACGGUCAUAUGUAUAUAUAUAUAUACGAUUGACUGAUAUAAUUACUGAACAACUCAGCAGCUCGGUCACCAUGGACGUAUUUUAGUAGCAUCGACACGACUCAUACGAUUAACCGGAAGGCCUAAAUUUGGGACUUCGAACAUGGCAUUGGCGUACCGCCAAAAGCUACUGACGCAAGUCAUUAUUUGGUAUCCAUGAAAUAUUAUGAAUUAUGGUUUUCGGUUAGGUAAUACUAGGACAGUAGUCCGAUUGGACGUAGUUCAGAUGCGACUCCGAUCGGAAAUCGUCGUUGAUUCUAUAGAUGCUAUCCGAAGAACGGCUACAGCGUCAUUGCGUUAGUCUGUAAAACGUAGCAUUAUGAGUGGUAAGUCCUAUCAUAAAGUAUCAUGUAUACGCCGUAUAUAUACAAUAUAUUAUGGGGUAGAUUGUUCUAUUACCGUACCAUUAAAAUUAAAAUGAAGCUUUAGGUAGCAGGAGGUAUGCAAAUUAGUUGUAGUAAACUUGGUGCAUCGAAAAACAUUUGUCCCCACGUUACACCACAGAGGCUUUGUAGAACUCUUCUGCAAAGACUCAGCCUCUAACGAUGCUAUAGAGUACGCCACUAGUCGAAAGAACGCGUCGUGGCAGCUCUUCAGGAAAGGGUCUACGAUCACUCGGGGAUCCAAAUAGGAUUAACAGGUCAGUAAAGGAAAAGCUACAGAUCUUCGUUAAAAAACGAUUGAAUACUGCACGAGCUCUUUUAUCGAACACUAUAUGUGUCAGUUUGUGUCCUACCGUUAGUAUUAUAAUGGAACAAACACAAUAUAAGCGUUUUCACCUUCUUUUCGAGAAGACGGAAACAUCGGGUCUCAUAGGGUUUAACGAAAAUGCUUAUCUAGCACCUUUGCAAUGUACAGAUACUGUUGGGCAACUCGCCCAUUAUAGGCAAAUCGACGUUGUUGCUGAAAGCAGAUGCUUUCCUACCUUUGGUGCGGCCUAGUACAGCAAACAGGACAUGCAAAACUAAUUCAGCGCACCGCUCUGCAAGCAGAACGAAACAGAAGCGCAUAUUCAUCUGUCGAAUUACUGUUGUUC